UUAUCAUUCAGCCUUAUUCGUCAACAAUCCACGACACCCACCACUUAAGGCCACGACGCACAUUUCACCACCACCUACCCAGGUACCCAUUCCAAUGUGAUGAAAUAUCGGCAGACAGCGGGCUUUUCUGCCGAUUCCCUUCACCCAACAGAAUAGGGAUGCCCUGAGGCAUUGGACACCCCAAAGACGACAAAGAUGCCGACCACCGCGCAAUCUGCCCAGCUCUCCGACACCGAGACCUUAUACCUGACCGGCUUCACCUUAGCCUGCGUUACCGUCCUCGUACGAACCUUCGAUGGCGAGGGUGCACCACUCAUCGCAUGUCUAGCGCUUAGUGGCAUGGCAUUCGCCGCUACUUAUGCUAUGAUACGAUGGCUCGGUCCUACCUUCAUCAAGGCCGGAUUGAAGGGUCGCGAUCUCUCCAAGGUGAACAAUAACCACUACAUUCCAGAAUGCAUGGGAAGUAUUUGCGCCGUGGUGUACAUCCUGACCAUGAUCGUCUUCAUCCCAUUUCCGUUCUUCAAGGACAUAGUGGUCGCUACUAGUGGUGGCGGAAACCGUGAUGUUGUCAUGAACGUCGAGUUUGUGCAGCUGGGACGACUUCUUCACAAGUUCCCUCAUAACAAACUCGCCUCUUUCCUCUCCGCGAUCAUUUCUCUUCACUCAAUCACCCUCCUCGGCAUUGGCGAUGACCUGUUCGAUAUUCGCUGGCGACAUAAGUUCUUCAUGCCGGCCUUUGCCUCCAUCCCCCUUCUCGUCGUUUACUUCAUCGACUUCGGAGUCACCUCGAUUGUACUUCCGACCUUUCUCCAGCCCUACCUAGGUCGUGAAUUAUUCGAUCUGGGUAUUCUCUAUUAUGGAUACAUGUCGGCCUUUUCUAUCUUUAGUCCCAACAGUAUCAAUAUUCUGGCUGGAAUUAAUGGGAUCGAAGUUAGUCAGAGCAUAGUCAUAGCACUACUGCUCGUAUUCAACGAUGCCCUUUACCUACUGACGCCGUAUCCCCAUCCCGCCACCGACUCGCAUCUUUUCUCUCUCUACUUCCUCCUCCCCUUCCUAGGUGUCAGCUUCGCGCUACUUAUCCACAAUUGGUAUCCCGCUCGCGUCUUUGUUGGAGACACUUAUUGUUACUUCGCCGGCAUGGUGUUCGUGGUGGUUAGUAUCCUAGGCCAUUUUUCGAAGACCCUGAUUCUACUCUUGAUACCUCAGAUCUUCAAUUUCGUCUACAGCACGCCUCAGCUGUUUGGGCUGAUCCCGUGCCCACGCCACCGUCUGCCGCAUUUCAACGCGCGAACCGGAUUACUCGAGCCUAGCGUGACUACAUGGGAGAAGGACAAGCAACCACGCCCCAUCAUCGCCCAGGCCCUGCGAUUAUUGGCGCAGUUUAAGCUAUUGCGCAUCAAGGAGGACCAAGAAGGCCGAAUCGAAGAGACGAGCAACUUCACGCUUCUAAACCUCUGGUUAGUCUGGCGAGGACCAAAACGCGAGGACAAGCUGGCCGUAGAGAUUACCGUCAUGCAAGCACUACUAGGUCUCUUCGGCCUCUUCGUCCGACACCGACUAGCACUCCUCAUCUUCAGAGAGGAUAACCUCAAUAUUACAAGCGCGGUCUAGCCCCGAGAGCUAGGCUGAAAUAGAUUUUCGGAGAUACCCAAUGUUACUAUACAAAAAGAAGAAUAUGGAACGGUAGCUAGUGCACGACACCUUAGCUAUCUCAUGUACAUAAGUGAAACACUUCGCAAUCAAAGGCGAGGCCUGAUCUAUGUCAGGUCGUUGAUUUUACGAAAA